AUGUCGGGUGCGGUCCUGGACGGCAUUCUUGAAUCUUUGACAUACAAGGACGAAGAACCCAAAGCAGACAGUACUGAUGAUGGUGACAUCAAACCUUACGCUGUUAGAUACAAGGACGAAGAACCCAAAGCAGACAGUACUGAUGAUGGUGACAUCAAACCUUACGCUGUUAGAUACAAGGACGAAGAACCCAAAGCAGACAGUACAGUGACUGAUGAUGGAGAUGGUGACAUUGAACCUUACGCUGUUUGUGAACAGACUUCAGAUGACUCCAGCCAUGACCCCACCGAUCACGUACGCAAGCUUCGCAAUCCUCCAAAUGCAAAGAAACUUAAUCCAAACCCGAUGUACGUACCAAACCUCCAGCAGGCCAGUAAACUUUGCGCAAAUGAGCUGAUUGUGAUCGACGAUGCAUUCUGCGGUCGGUGGGAAAAGAAGUCUUGCUGUGGAUGUACGCUGAAGUCUUGUGACGGGUGUCAAGAUGUGGAUGGCAGACCAAAAUCCACAACCCUGUCCUACAUAAGGGAACUAUGUCAGGGGCUGCAGCAGUGUGAAAAGCCACUAGAACCACUCUUCAUGCCAGCACGAAACUGUCCAGCCAUAUAUAAGUACCUGGAAGUAACAUACCACUGUGAAGCAGAAGUGCAAACAAAAGUCACGUUUGGCGAGAGAGGAACAUGCUACGGUUGUUUUACGCCAAGCGGUUGGGGAGGACUGGCUGUGUCCUCGACUAACGAGAUAUUUGUGGCUGAGGGCAACAAAAGAAUCCAAGUGUUCAACAUGAAGGGGGAUUUCCUUCGCAGUUUCUCCACAGGAAACAUGAAACCACGUGCCAUGUGCAUGGGCCACGACACCCUGUGGGUCGUUUUGUACUCAGGUCGCAAUGACGAACAUACCAUCCAGCAGUACAGCAAAUCUAAAGAGGGGCACGUCAGCUUUACAUGCACUCAUAUCUAUCACGUGUAUGGGAUUGCCUGGCACAAGUUUUCAGACAGAAUCAUACUGAUCACACGACAGUCCGGUGAUCCCGCAGAGAUUGUGUGGUUACAUCAUUACGUUACUUAUACACCAACACCAACAUGUAACAUGGCCAGGUUGACAGCAAAUUUUCCAAUGCCUGAUUAUCUAGCAUUUGUAACUGUAGACACAAAAGGGAACAUCUAUGCCAUACACAGGAAUGGCCAUCGUAUUCUAAAGUUUGACAAGGAUGGAGUCUUCCUGUCCAGUUUUGGCAGUCAAGGUAGUGGAGCAGGGAAUCUUUUUUAUCCCCGAGGAAUCUGUGUGGACAGUUUGGGGCGUGUGAUUGUGGCUGAUACUAGGAACAGCCGGGUGGAGAUGUUCACAGCUGAGGGAAAGCACAUCCGCACCAUAGCUUACAUUAAUCAACCCGCACAUGUUGCUACAGGUGGGGAGGGGCAGCUUGUGGUUUAUCAUAAAAUGCUUUUUGUAACCAUCUUGCCCAAAUAUUAG